AUGGAUAAGUUGCAUUCUUAUCAAGGUUUCUCAGGAAGGUUUCACGAAUGGCGCGACGAUUUAAAAGCUAAGUUUGCUAAUUGGCGUGAAGAUCAUGAAGGCGAAAGUUUAGUGGAUUUAACAAAAAAUUAUGCGAGUAGGGGAUCAGCUAAUGUUCAAGGCAGCAGCGAAAACAAGGAUGAUUAUUCACAUAUAUACAGGCGAAAAUCGCGUUACGAAUUGAUAAAACUGAGUCUCAGUGUAUGUGGAAUUGAAUUAGCUUAUGCUAGUGAAACUGCAUUUGUGUCUCCAACUCUUCUCAAGAUUGGGGUUCAACAUCAACACAUGACACUUGUGUGGGCGUUGAGUCCCGUCAUAGGAUUUUUUCUUACGCCACUGUUGGGAUCAUUAAGUGACCGUUGUCAUCACCCGAUGGGACGUCGUCGUCCUUUUAUUAUUCUUCUAUCAAUUGGUGUACUUUUGGGUCUUUUAUUGGUUCCAAAUGGUGAAGACAUUGGCUAUUCAUUGGGAGACUUUUAUUCUAUGCCAAAUGAAACAAUAGCAUUCAAUCAGACUAAAUUGCUCCCACAUCGAACAUCUGCUAUUGAUUCCGAUCAAGAAUUCACUGAAAUGUUGACAACGACAAGUUCAUCUCAUACAUGGGGAAUAUUUUUCACCAUCUUAGGGACGGUCUUAUUAGAUUUUGAUGCUGACGCUUGUCAAAGUCCAUCGAGAGCAUAUUUGUUAGAUGUUACAUUGCCGGAAGAUCAUGCAAGGGGUUUAUCGACAUUCACAAUAAUGGCUGGUUUAGGUGGUGCUUUUGGAUAUUCUCUUGGUGGAAUCAACUGGGAUGCUACUCAAAUUGGUGUAUUAUUGGGUGGAAAUGUUCGAUCUGUUUUUACUCUCAUUACAAUCACAUUUGUUAUCUGCGUAUCUAUCACUGUGACCAGUUUUCAUGAAAUUCCGUUGGCUCUUCUUGAGUCAUUUUCAAAUCUUGGUAGCGAAAAAGAACAAGCGAGUAACUCUUAUGGUGCAAUGGAUCAAGGUGAAGACGAUCAAAAUUUUUCAUCGCAUCAGAAAAAGAAGGAAAUUACUUUGGAAAUGGGUGUUGAAAAUGCCGGUUAUUCAUCACUGCCAGGUGAAAAUGUUGCUGAAACUUCAUUUUCAUCGGAAGAAAACAAACCACCAAUAUUAUCACAAAAUGAAGAAGGUGUUCAAUCACUUUCAUACUAUUUGAAAUCAAUCAUCUUCAUGCCAUUCUCUCUUCGAAUGGUAUGUUUGACAAAUCUUUUCUGUUGGAUGGCACAUGUUUGUUAUUCUUUGUAUUUCACUGAUUUCGUGGGUGAAGCUGUUUUCAAUGGCGAUCCAAAAGCAAUUUAUGGAUCAGAGAAAUAUAUUUUGUAUGAAGAAGGCGUAAGAUUUGGAUGUUUUGGGAUGGCAAUGUAUUCUUUAUCAUGUGCUUGCUAUUCAUUGUGUAUUGAGAAAUUGAUAGCAAGAUAUAGAGCAAAGAGAGUUUAUAUUGGAGGUCUACUAUUUUAUUGUGCAUCUAUGACUUUAAUGGCUUUGACAAAGCAUAAGAUUGGAGUUAUCUUCUUCAGUUGGGGUGCAGGUGUGAUGUAUUCAACAUUAUUCACAAUGCCAUAUUUGUUAGUGGCACAUUAUCAUGCACAAGGAGUUUUUGAACUUUCUGAAACUGGAGAAUCGAAAUAUUCCGGUGAAACUCGAGGCAUUGGAACUGAUGUAGCGAUUGUUAGUUCAAUGGUAUUUUUAGCGCAGUUUAUUCUUUCAUGUGCAAUGGGUCAAAUUGUGUCGAUAACGCAAACAACUACAGCAGUCGUCAGUACUGCAGCAUUUUUAAGUUUCUGUGGUGCAAUAAAUAUGGCCGAAGUUAGUCAUCAAAUAUCUUCUGAAGUAACAAAAGUCUACACUUCAAAGUUUUCCUUCACAAUAAAAGAUUUUAUGAAAGAAAGAACAAGAUCUGAUGUCAUGGAAUUUGAUAUACCUGGUCUUACAUCCUGUUAUUUGAAAGUUAUCACUAAAAAUGAUAUAAAACUUGUUUUCGGCAUGGAUACUCGAAUACCGACAGAUCCAUGCCAAGUUACACUGGAUUUAAAAACAUCAUGUGGCAAUUACAUUUGGGUUGAUGGAUUUUGGUUUAAAUCAGCAUUCAUAAAACGAACAAACGACCAAUUUGCAAAUGUUGCUUUUAGAAGAAGUUUUCUUGAAGAUGAUGGAUCGCUUGUCAUCACUGGUUCGGUAACUGUGAAGGAUGCAAAUUGGACCGAAGCAAACGAUAUUGUCUAUUUCCCUGAAAUGCGACAUGCAAAAUUAUUACAAGACAUUCAAUCUUUAACAUCGUCGGGAACAUUAUCAGAUUUUACUUUCAUUGUCAACGGUCGUAGACUUGAAGUUCAUAAAGCAAUCCUAGCAGCACGUUCACCAGUUUUCGAACGAAUGUUUACUGGCGAUUUUCGUGAAUCUGCCAGUAAAGUUCAAGAAAUUAAAGAUGUAUCUCCUGAUAUAUUCGAAGAAUUCUUAUUUUUCUUAUAUACUGGUGAACUUCGCAAUGAUGACACUCCAUUUGAAGAUUUAAUCAUAAUUGCUGAUCGUUACCAAGUCACAGAUUUAUUGAAACAUUGUGAAUCAAAAAUGCUGAAAAAUAUUAAUGGUGAGAAUGCAGAAACAAUUUAUCGCAUUACAAACAGUAUUCAGUGUCAUACACAACUUAAACAAAUAUCUUUUGAUAUGAUUCAAAAUUCAUUCAAAAAUUAUGCUCUCACAAUGCCAAACAGCUUCUUUGCUCAACCUGAUAAAGUUUUUCGUUCAAUUGAUCUGAAAAAAGAAUUAUUGAAUUCACUUGAAGAUUCAGAUAUGGAUGACAGUGAAAGUUAUAUUGGUGGUGCGGUUUACUCAAGCACAUCAUCGUCACCGAGCACUAUUAAGAGUGAAGAUUCAGGACACAAAUAUUGCAGUGAUUGUUCAAGCAUUGAUCUUGACGAAGAUGAAAAUUGCAGCUUAGAAGAUUUGGUCAUUCCAGAUGUUUAAUCUUUUUCAUAUUUAGAAAAAUUCUCAAGCCAAACAUUUAUUUUUGAUUCAUUGUCGUCAUUUAUUGUUAGAUUUUCUUUUUCUCCUUUUACAAUAUGUGGGAGGAUAACCGAUAACUCUUAAAAUAAUCUUUACUUGCAAAUUUAUUAUCGCCAAGAUGAAGGAAAAGAAUGAUUGAGAGACUUAUUAUUAAAUUAGUUUAGAGUAGAUUCAUUCUUGAAUUCAUUGUAUUCAUGCUUUUGGUUUAUAUCUAUGAAAAGGCGCAUUAAAGAGUUAACAAUUACAAUUAAUAGAGUUUUUGUUAUAUUCUUGCAUAAAGAAUUCUCAAGAUUAUCAAUGAUCAAAUGUAAAAAAGUUACAGCAUAAAUAUUUGCUGUUCACAUUUAAAGAAUUUAAUUUUUAAAACUUUAAUUUUCGAUAUGUGAAGAAUCAGUAUUGAGAAUUGAAAGGUCAGUCAAAGCUUGUGUCACGUAUUGAGAAUUCAAUUUAAAAGGAACUGAAGGGAUGUUUUAUAAAAUAUUCAACGAGGAUGUCUUCGAAUGUUUUGAGGAAAAAAACGAAUUUGUUCACUUAAAGUUUAAUGAUAAAUUGGGAGAAUUCCUUCCCCAAAACAUUGAUAGAGUAUUAAUUAAUUCUUAUCAACAACUGAACAUGCUCUACUUUCAAUUUGUUUUAUCUCAAUUUAUAAAACAUGCCUCAUUCGAACGAGAAGUUUUCCAAUUUUCAAUGGUAUUAAUUUUCAUUAUCGUUAAAUAAGUUUUCAAUAAUAAAUAAGUGGAUAUGUGAUAAAAAUAUUAUUACAAAAAUCGUGACACAAUAAAAUGUUCGCAAAUCAUGGCUGCAAUAAAAUGACAUUUUUUGUAAUUGGUUUUUCGAAAUAGGUAAUUGACUUGAUUUAAUUUUUGUGUUAUUUAUAAGUGAAUUAAUUUGACAUGGGUUUGACUGGUACAUAUGAGCAAGUUCGUGCAUUGUUUCGAUCAGUAUGCGUUCACUAGUUCAACCUUAUUUUGAUGACUCUGAAAUGUCAAAGUUUAU